AUGACUGAAGUCCACGUGGUCUCGAAGCUGGAUAACCAGCAGCAUGCAAGCGUCACGCUGCCAGCAGAAGAGGGCGUGGGGCAAUUGGCCGAGUCUUCUAUUCGGGUACGCACGCUGCUGGUUACUCCAUACAAUGACCCAUCCACUUGGGGCAUUGUUCCAGCCUGGGGCUACGCAGCAGUCGAAGAGAGCACCAUCCCCGAACUGAGCAAGGGAGCAGUACUCUGGGGAUUCUGGCCGACAUCAUCCCUCCCAACCGACCUCAAACUCAAUCUCGGCAAGCGGCCCGGCGACUGGACCGAGAUCAGCGAGCACCGGCAGCAGCUGAUGCCGCUCUACAACUACUACACGACCGCAUCAGUCUCCGAGUCUAUCUCAGUCAUUUCCAACCCCGGUGCUGACUCCCCCUCCGUCCAAGACGAGCGCGAGCGUCUAGCUUGGACAUCCAUUUUCGGCAUCCUAUGGCGCGCGGGCUAUCUCCUCAGCGAGCAUGUCUUCCCCUCGCACCCAGAAAAACAGGCCAUCCACCCGCUGGGCAGUGUCGCAGGCCUGGACUGGACAGCUGCCGACGGAGAUCUGUCGUCAGCAGUGGUAGUCAGCCUGGCUGCAUCGACCAAGACCGGACAUGCGUUCGCGUAUAAUCUGCAGCGAAGACUCAUUGAGUCGGCGCCGUUGGGCCUGCUGCAGGUGACGUCGUCGGUGGCGCGUAUCUCCAAGGCUGAGGGUAACUCGCCCAAGUCAUUUCCCUCGAAAAUUAUCGACUAUGCGGAUGUCGCGGCUGAGACAUCGGCGAAGUGGAUGGCAGACCUGAAGCCGUCCAAGAUUGUUGUUCUUGACUUUGGUGCUCGCUCGAAUGCUCUGGAUCAAUUUCUGGAUCUGGUUAAGAAGGAUCCUGUGUUGCAGUCUUCCAAGGUGAUGAUUGUCAUGAUUGGUGGCCAGCAAAAGGUGUAUACCAACGAGGAGCUGCAGGCGGCCAUGAAGGCAAUUGCGGAUCUCGGCAAGAUCCAAUACAACACAUCGGGCGUCCAGGAAACUCUGCUGGAGACUCUGGGCUCGGAAGAGUACUAUGGGGUUAUUUCAAAACUCUGGGAUGAAUGGCUUGUGAAUCGCCAUUUGAAUGUACCCGGAUUCAACAUUAUUUGGGGGAAGGGGAUUUCUGGGGUUGAUGGUAUUGAGGGGGGCUGGGGUAGGUUGAGCCGGGGAGAGGUGGGCUCUGAAGAGGGGUUAGUGUAUACAGUAUCGAGGACGUGA